ACACUGAAUUAUGAACAGCUCGGAUCCUCACACUGUCACAGAAACAGAAGUGUGAGCACUACAAACAUGAAGCUUCUCUUGUUACUUUUUCUGUGUGUUGCUGGAACACUCGCAAAGGAAAGUACAGAUUAUGAUGAUGAGGACACGGAGACAACAAAACCGCCGAAAGAAUUUGUAGAUCCAAGAGGUCAUCGUCCUGUCAGCAGAGGUCGUGAAACAUACUCCCCAGGCCCAGUUGCACCACCUCCUAUCAGCGGGGGGAGUCGUUACCGUGGGAGACCCACUCCAGCACCAGUAGGAAGGGCUGUAGAGCAAAAAGAGGAGAUUCCGGAAUCCGGCGGAUGUACUCACCUCUCUGAGACUAUGGGUGUUCUGUGCCCCACAGGUUGUGAGUUAAAAAAAAACAUCCAGAAGCAAGAACGUAAUGUAAGGCCAAAUGUAGAUCAGCUGAAAAGGUCUGUAGAUGAAUUAUAUCAAUCCUCCAACCAUAUCUACGGGUAUGUCAUGGAUAUGUCGACAGAAGUCGCCCAGAGACAAAGAGUGAGCCAAGGCAACGGCGAUGUGGUUAAUCAGUACACAGAGACCCUAGAGACCCAGCAUGCUUUUAUAAAGGACGCCGUGGACGUCAACUUCCCCCAGAACAUCAAAAUCCUUCAGGCCGUGCUUGACAAGGUCCGUGAAAAGAUUCAGCGUGUGGAGAAAGCCAUCACUGCGCAGAAGGCCAGGUGCUCGACACCCUGCAGAGUCUCCUGUCCGAUUCCAGUGGUUUCUGGCAAAGAGUGCGAGGAAAUCUACCGCAGAGGUGGAGUGGAUUCUCAGAUGUACCUCAUACGGCCUGAUGCGCUCAACGUGCCUUACAAGGUCUUCUGCGACCAGACCACUAAAGAUGGAGGUUGGGUGCUUAUCCAGAAUCGUAUGGAUGGCAGUGUUGAUUUUGGCAGGCGCUGGGAUGACUAUCGUCGAGGCUUUGGAAAUGUCGCCUUUGAUGUGGGUAAAGGACACUGCCAAACUCCAGGUGAGUACUGGUUGGGUAAUGAGCGCAUUAGUCAACUCACAAAGAUGGGCCAAACUGAGCUUCUGGUUGAAAUGGAAGACUGGAAGGGUUUGAAGGUCCAUGCCCAAUACGAGCAGUUCACCAUGCAGGGCGAAUCCACAAAUUACAUCCUAUCGGUCAACCGUUACUCUGGAACCGCCGGUAACACGUUCAUGGAGGGUGCAAAUGAACUGUUCGGGGAGAACCGUACCAUGACAAUUCAUAAUGGCAUGAUGUUCAGCACGUACGACAGAGACAAUGACAAAUGGAUACCUGGUGAUCCUUCAAAGCAAUGUUCUAGAGAAGAUGGUGGCGGAUGGUGGUACAACCGAUGCCACUCCUGUAAUCCGAAUGGCAGAUACUAUUGGGGCGGAUCAUAUACGAAAAACAUGGCCAAGCAUGGCACAGAUGACGGCAUUGUGUGGAUGAACUGGAAGGGCUCGUGGUAUUCACUCAGAUCUAUCAGUAUGAAGAUCAGACCCUAUGUGAAACCGUGAAAGACUAUAUAGAGAGAAUAGAGGUUAAUAAAAAGACGAUUAAAAGUUUACAAAAGAUACUAGGCAUGUAUCGAUGCUAAAGACUUAUUAUGAAAAGUUUUUGGAAGUAUGCAAAGAAAAAUGCAUUAGCAUUAAAUGUUUUAACUUGAAAAACAUGCUAUGGAAAAUGAGAUAAACACCCAAACCUCUGAAUUCUCAAUAAAGUUGACCUGCAACAUA